AUGAACGACAACAUACUAGAAAAACCAAGCACAGACUUCAUCGAAGACACAGAAAAUCACCAACUAGGCCACAUAGCCAAUGAAGAAGACCACGCUCUAACCAAAUGGCAAUCCCUCAAGAAAUACCCAUGGACAUUCACCUGGUGCGUGUACGCCGUAUGGUGCAUUCUCCUCGUCAGUUUCGAGAACCAAGCCUCAGGAAACGUGACCGGAAUCCCCGAAUUCCGCAAGGACUUCGGCCACUAUUAUGAAGGCAGCUGGGUACUGGAGGCUAAAUGGCAGUCCGCGUUUGCCGGGGCUCCUGUGGCUUCUGCUGUUGUGGGCGCUUUGUGCUCGGGUCAGGUUGCUGAUACAAUUGGGCGGAAGAUUACGAUAUUCGUUUCGUUGCUGAUUAGUGUUGCGGCGGUUACGUUGGAGUUUCGGGCUACGACGAAUGAAAUGUUUUUUGGGGGCAAGUUUUUGAAUGGGUUUGCUGUUGGUGCGCUUGCUUCGGUGCCUAUUACUUAUAUUGGCGAGAUCUCACCUCUCGCGCUUCGCGGUGUCCUCACCUGCCUCACAGCCCUGGCCUACGUUAUAGGUCCACUGGUAGUAGCCCUAAUCACCAACUGGACCGGAGUCUACACGAACCGCUGGGCCUACCGCGCCGUAUUCGUAGCACAAUACGGCUACGCAGCCAUCGCACUCGCUUUCAUCCCCUUCAUGCCCGAGUCACCAUGGUGGCUAAUCUCCAAAGGCCGCGACGAAAAAGCGCAAAAGUCUCUCCGCAGACUUGGCCACACGGUCGAGGAAACACAGAAGAAAAUCGCAUUGAUAAAGAAUACUUUAGACGAGAUCCGACACGAAACAGAAGGCGUGACAUAUCUCGAAUGUUUCCGGCGGUCGAAUUUACGACGCACGAUCGUUUCGAUUAUGCCUAUAACCAUUCAGGCGUUGUCGGGCGUGGUUUUCACCGCUGGUUAUUCGACGUAUUAUAUGCAGUUGGCUGGGUAUAGUACAGAAAUGAGUUUUCAGUUGCAGAUUGUUCAGCAGAUUCUGUCGCUGGUUGGUAAUAUUAUGUCUUACUUCAUUAUUGAUCGCGUUGGGCGGAGGAAUGUGAUGGUCUACGGAUUGGGCAUUCUCACGGCCAUUUUGAUGGUAACUGGCGGUCUUGCAGUCGUUGGUUCUGAUACUUCAAGCCCGAAUUCGGCCGGCGCUAUCAAGGGAACUGUCGCGCUUAUCUUGGUUUACUGCUGGUGGUAUAACCUGACCAUCGGCGCGGCGGGUUAUACGAUUCUAGCCGAGGUUUCUACGUCCCGACUGCGUAUCAAGACGAUUGCGAUUGGGUUGGCGCUGCAGAAUGCGCUGUAUACGAUGUGGUCGUUUGUUCUGCCUUAUCUGUUUAAUCCCGAUGAAGCGAAUCUGGGCGCGAAAGUGUCGUUCAUUUUUGGCGGUCUUUGUGUCAUUUGUUUGGUUUAUCUUUGGUUCUAUCAGCCUGAGACUGCGGGGAGGACGUAUGGCGAGUUGGAUGAGAUGUUUAUGAAGAAGGUUCCUGCGAGGAAAUUCAAGGCUUAUCAGACAGAUGCGGAGGCUAUGGGUGUUGCUGCGAAGGAGGGGGUUGAUAUUCACAGUGUUUAA